GAGAGUGUUCGGGAUGGGAAGUUCCCUCACCGCAUCCCGGAAUUGUGUUCACGCCGCUUGUUCUCGGCCAUUUUUUUUUUACAAGUACAAGCUCCCCCCCGAAACACAAAACACAACACAAUCCGUCAUUAUUGCAAUCAUUUACGGGAUAUACCGCCGCAGCCAGACGUGAUCGGCAGUCAUGUCGGACUUCAUUGAGAGCGAGGCCGAGGAGUCGGAGGAAGAAUUUGAUGAGAAAGACCUAAAGCCUAAAAAGACCCAGAGGUUUAUGGAAGAAGAUGAUGAAGAGGAGGAAGACAACACAGAGGACCAGGAUGAGCAGGGAAAUCUACGCGGACUCAUUGAUGAUGGAGACGAGGAGGAGCCGGAGGAGGAAGAGGAGGCUCAAAAGAGUGGGAGUGCAGCGGGCAGUGACUCAGAAGAGGAAGUGAGGCAUCGACGUAAAAAGCGCAACUAUGAUGACUACCUGGAUGAUGAUGAUCUUGACCUCAUUGAGGAAAACUUGGGUGUUAAAGUGAAAAGGAGGAAGAAGAAAUAUGAACGCGUGAAAACACUUGACGAUGACGAAGAAGAUGAUGAUGAGAAGGACAUGAUCGCAGAUGAGAUCUUUCAUGGGGAUGGAGAUGGCGAUCUGGAGGACGGCGAAGCUGUCGAUGAGCCUGUGCAUCAUGGGGAUGAGGAGGAAGACUUGGAGGACGAGGAGUCAGAUAUAGAUGAUUUUAUCGUGGAUGAUGAUGGCCAACCAAUCACCAAAAAGAGGGGCAAGAAGUUCUCAGGAUAUACGGAUGCAGCCCUCCAGGAAGCCCAAGAAAUCUUUGGUGGCGACUUUGACUUUGCAGACUUUGAUGUAGAUGCUUGCGACCUGGCUGAGGAGGAGGAAGAGGACCAAGAUGAAGAGGGAUGGGACCGCCCCAAGAAGCAGACUAAGAGGAGGCAAGGCAGGAAGAGCAUCUUUGAGAUCUACGAGCCCAGCGAGUUGGAAAGUAGUCACAUGACUGACCAAGACAAUGAGAUCCGCACUACGGACAUGCCUGAAAGAUUCCAGUUACGAUCCAUCCCUGUGAAACCUGCUGAGGAUGAUGAGCUGGAGGAAGAAGCAGAGUGGAUCUUCAGACAUGGCUUCUCCACUCUUACUAUCUCCAUGCAGGAGAGCACAGAUUAUCUCGACAGAGGGACAACCACAAACUUCAGCAGGAAAGGCCCCAGCACAAUUGCAAAGAUUAAAGAGGCCCUCAACUUCAUGAGGAAUCAACAGUUCGAGGUUCCAUUCAUAGCUUUCUACAGGAAAGAAUAUGUGGAGCCAGAACUCAACAUUAAUGACUUGUGGAAGGUCUGGCAGUGGGAUGAAAAGUGGACUCAACUGAAGACCAGGAAGCAGAACCUGACCCGUCUGUUUCAGAAGAUGCAGUCCUACCAGUUUGAACAGAUCUCAGCUGACCCUGACAAACCUCUGGCUGAUGGCAUCCGACCUCUGGACACCGCUGACAUGGAGAGGCUGAAAGAUGUUCAGACUCUUGAGGAGCUGGGUGACGUGUACAACCACUUUCUGCUCUACUAUGGCCGAGACAUCCCCAAGAUGCAGAACGCUGCCAAAGCAAACAAGAAGAGACUGAAAAAGAUAAAAGAAGUGUCAGAGGAUGGUGAAGAAGAGGAAUUGGAGGUAGAGCAAGAAGAAGAACAGAAAGGACCCGAUCUCAAGCUGGCGUCUCGUAGAGAUAUGUACAGCAUCUGUCAGAGCGUAGGACUCGAUGGCUUGGCUAAAAAGUUUGGGUUAACUCCAGAGCAGUUCGGAGAGAAUCUGAGAGACAGUUACCAGCGUCACGAAACGGAGCAGUUCCCAGCUGAGCCUGUGGAGCUGGCCAAAGAUUAUGUUUGCAGUCAGUUCUCCACUCCCGAGGCAGUGCUGGAAGGAACCAGGUACAUGGUGGCCAUGCAGAUCGCUCGGGAACCUCUGGUUAGACACGUGCUCCGACAGACGUUUCAGGAGAGGGCAAAGAUCAAUAUCAAGCCUACGAAGAAGGGCAAGAAGGAGGUAGACGAGGCUCAUUUUGCCUACUCCUUCAAGUAUCUUAAGAACAAGCCUGUGAAGGAGCUGAAUGGGGAUCAGUUCCUGAAGAUGUGCUUGGCAGAGGACGAGGGGCUGCUUUCCAUUGACAUCUGUAUCGACCUUAUAGGGGUGAAAGGAUAUGCUGGAGACCAGACGUACUUUGAUGAGAUCAAACAGUUCUAUUACAGGGACGAGUUCAGUCACCAGGUGCAGGAGUGGAACAGGCAGCGAACUUUAGCCAUAGAGAGAUCUCUCACUCAAUUCCUCUACCCUCAGAUGGCAAAGGAGCUCAAGAGCAAGCUGCUUGCAGAGUCCAAAGAGAGCAUUAUCAGGUCCUGCUGUCGUCGGUUGUAUAACUGGCUCAAAGUGGCGCCUUACAGGCCCGAUCAGCAGGUUGAGGAAGAUGAUGAUCUGAUGGAUGAGAGUCAAGGCAAAGGCAUCCGGGUGCUGGGUGUAGCCUAUGCACCCAGCAGAGACACACCAGUCUUCUGUGCUCUGAUCAACGGGGAAGGAGAAGUGGUUGACUUCUUGCGUCUGCCCUACUUCAUGAAGAGGAGGAAUGCCUUCAGGGAGGAUGAGAGAGAGAAGAAGGCCCAUGACAUUGAAAACCUCAAGAGGUUUCUGACCGGAAAGAAACCACACGUGGUAGCUGUCGCCGGGGAAAACAGAGAUGCCCAGAUGAUCAUGGAGGACAUCAAGAGGACUGUCAGCGAGCUUGAGCAAGAGUCCUCUUUGCCUGCCGUGGGAGUGGAACUUGUUGACAACGAACUGGCCACGCUGUACAUGAACAGCAAGAAGUCUGAGGUUGAUUACAGGGAUUAUCCUCCCUUGCUGCGACAGGCUGUGUCGAUAGCCAGAAAGAUCCAAGAUCCUCUGAUGGAGUACGCUCAGGUUUGCAGCUCGGAUGAUGAUAUUCUCUGCCUCAAACUACACCCGCUACAGGAACAUGUGGUGAAGGAAGAUCUGCUCUGUGCGCUUUACUGUGAAUUUAUCAACCGUGUCAAUGAGGUUGGAGUGGACGUGAACAAGGCCAUCGCCCAUCCUCACACUCAGAGCCUGGUCCAGUACGUCUGUGGUCUGGGACCAAGGAAGGGCUCCCACCUGCUGAAGAUUCUGAAGCAGAACAACACUCGUCUGGAAAACAGAACCCAGCUGGUCACAAUGUGUCACAUGGGACCUAAAGUUUUUAUCAACUGUGCCGGUUUCAUCAAGAUCGACACAGCAUCGCUUGGGGACAGUACGGACUCCUACAUUGAGGUUCUGGACGGAUCUCGCGUCCACCCUGAGACGUACGAGUGGGCUCGCAAGAUGGCUGUGGAUGCCCUUGAGUAUGACGAGUCGGCAGAGGAUGCCAACCCAGCCGGAGCUCUGGAGGAGAUCCUGGAAAAUCCAGAACGUCUCAAAGAUCUGGACCUGGAUGCCUUUGCUGAAGAGCUGGAGAGACAGGGUUACGGCAACAAGGGAAUUACUCUGUAUGAUAUCCGUGCAGAGCUCAGCUGCAGGUACAAAGACCUGAGAGUUGCCUACAGAGUCCCCAACACUGAGGAGGUCUUCAACCUGCUCACCAAGGAGACUCCAGAGACUUUUUAUAUUGGUAAGCUGAUCACCAGUAUAGUCACUGGUAUCGCUCACCGGCGGCCUCAGGGAGAGAGCUACGACCAGGCCAUCCGCAAUGACGCUACGGGGCUGUGGCAGUGUCCCUUCUGUCAGCAGGACAACUUCCCUGAACUCAGCGAGGUUUGGAAUCACUUUGACAGCGGUUCCUGUCCGGGACAGGCCAUCGGGGUGCGGUCCAGAUUAGAUAAUGGCGUCCAGGGAUUCAUUCCAACCAAGUUCCUCAGUGACAAAGUAGUCAAACACCCUGAAGAGAGGGUCAAGGUGGGCAUGACGGUUCACUGCCGCAUCAUGAAAAUCGACAUUGAGAAAUUCAGCGUUGACCUCACGUGCCGCACAUCAGAUUUGAUGGACAAGGCCAAUGAGUGGAAGCUCCCCAAGGACAGCUACUACGACUUCGACACAGAAACCGAAGACCAAAAACAGGAGGAGGAGCUCAAGAAGAAACAACAGCGAACACCAUAUAUAAAGCGUGUGAUCGCCCACCCCAACUUCCACAAUAUCAGUUUCAACCAGGCAGAGAAGAUGAUGGAGACCCUGGACCAGGGUGACUUGAUCAUCAGACCCAGCAGCAAGGGAGAGAACCACCUCACCGUCACCUGGAAGGUGGCUGAUGGUAUCUACCAGCACGUGGACGUGAGAGAAGAAGGCAAAGAGAACGCCUUCAGCUUAGGGCACACUCUCUGGAUCAACAAUGAAGAGUUUGAAGAUCUGGAUGAAAUCACCGCUCGGUACAUUCAGCCAAUGGCGUCAUUUGCCCGCGAUCUCCUGGGGCACAAGUACUUUCAGGAGUGUCAUGGGGGAAGCAAAGAGAAAAUGGAGGAGUUAUUGGUGAGGACGAAGAGGGAGAAGCCCACUUUUAUUCCCUAUUUUAUUUCAGCUUGCAAAGAUCUUCCAGGAAAAUUCAUACUGGGCUACCAGCCUCGCGGAAAACCACGAGUCGAGUUUGUGACCAUCACCCCCGACGGCUUCCGCUACCGUUCACAGAUAUUUCCCACAGUGAAUGGACUUUUUCGUUGGUUUAAAGACCAUUACCAAGAGCCUGUUCCAGGCAUCACUCCCAGCAACAGCAGCCGAACAAGAACACCUGCAUCCCUGAACGCCACCCCGGCCAACAUCAACAUCGCUGACUUGACACGGGCUGUCAACGCGCUCCCACGCAACAUGACCUCUCAGAUGUUCAGUGCCAUCGCAGCAGUCACGGGCCAGGGCCAGAACCCAAACACCACCCCCGCACAGUGGGGCUCCAGCCAGUACGGCUACGGAGGCAGCACAGGAGGAGGAGGAGGGAGCUCCUCUGCUUAUCAUGUGUUUGCCACACCGCAGCAGCCCAUGGCGACACCCAUGAUGACGCCCAGCUACUCCUACACCACACCGAGCCAGCAGGCCCUGGGCACGCCGCAGUACCCCGGCUCCACCCCUCAGUCCUCGCACUCUCACGCCCACGCUCACCCACACGGAGGCCACCCGUCACACCACGGCCACCACGGCCACCACAGCAGCCACCACGGCCACUCGUCGGGCACACCGUCAUCCUCCACCUCAUCGAGAGGGCGGACGCCACAGCAGCAGCCGCCGCCGCAGCAGCAGCAGCCGCCACAGCCGCAGCCACCGAAGCCCAGCGGCAGCAGCGCCUCUGCAGUGGAUUGGGGCAAGAUGGCGGAGCAGUGGCUGAAAGAGAAAGAGGCGGAGGGGCGGAAGAAAGCACAGAGGAUGACGCCACGACCGUCUCCCAGCCCGAUGAUCGAGAGCACCCCCAUGUCGAUCGCCGGAGACGCCACGCCCCUGCUGGACGAAAUGGACCGAUAGGACACGCAGGGGGGCGUCGCCACACCCCCCCUACCCAACUCCAUCCUCUGUACUGCUUCUCCAUCUGGAUCACCCUCCACCUUCUGUCCCCCCCCAACUCACCCAUCAGUCCUUUCAUGCAGCCGAGCAGUAGUCGGAGCCUUCUCCAUCUUCACCUCCUGAUAUUGUAGCUGCAGUUUAUCAGUCUGCUAUCAUGGUUCACCUCCACUCCUUCCUGUCUCCCCAUCUCGUCCCCAAUGUUUCACCGCCUCACCUGCAGCCAACUCGUCUGGCUGCAUAGUAUUUUGUAUAGUCAGAAUAACACUGUAUAUGUCAUGCAGAAACACAGAACAAUGACAGAAAAAAAUGAAAAACUUGAACUGUCCGACAGCAGUUACAUAUAGGACAUGGACCUACACAGACAAGCUGUCCUACUAUCUUUAUUAUUUUGCGCUUGGUUUUGAGUUUGAUCCAUGAAUGGUUUCGACCGAGGGCCACAGUUACUCUGCCACAACCCGCCUUUCCUCCUUUUACGGUUGGUGGAUUGUUUGCAAGCAGUUGCCAAAAGAGCGCUUUGCCAAGCCAAUCAGGAAAUUUAAUUUUUGUAUGGAAAUGCAUCAGAAUGAAUAAAACCUGUUCUUUUUUUUCCUUUUUCUGUUUGAACAUAAAAGCCUCUCACUCUUCACAUCUGUCGAAAGCAAACACAUCUGUGACAAACACGCCGCGUGUUGAGGCCGAUUUGAAAAACAAAAAAAGUCAAAUGAUUUAUCUUGAACAUGGAUUUCUGCUCGUCGUCUGUCUGCACCGCACGCUGUAUUAUGAUCAGCUGACUGUGUUUUGGCUCCUGUAGAUAGCCUCUAAUGUAUUGUUGACUAUCCGAGAGCAACGUGCCACAUUCAAGGUAAUGUGUUGUUUGUUUUUUUUUCGAUGACUUCUGCAUCUCUGUGAAGUCAGUUCAUGUUUUAAAGGAAUUGAUUUUAGUAACAAAACCUAAACAAGCAAAGUGGAAGCAUCUCGCCGUGUCGGUCCAGCGCCCACGGCGGUGUCAGAGGGUCAUUUUUAAAAGUUAUCUUAAAUUUGAAUCUUGUAUCCUUAAUGUCUGCGGUUCAGUGAGUAUUUCACUUUUUUGGACAUGUGGUAAUGAUACUUGCCUCCUUGUGGGAUGUGAUCUCCUCAGACACAGCCGCUGCAGUUUGAGUCCCAGACAGUAUCAACAGUUUAAACGAUGAUGUUUCAGUGUCAGAUCUCUUAACACUAUCAGCAGAAGAUAUAUUAAACUGAUGUCCCGCUGUGUUUAUACUCCUAACUCUGUAUAAUACUCCCAAUUGCACGCAGCUCUUUCAGUAAAAUUAAUAUUUGUCGUUAAAAACGCAUUGAAUCUCUUUCGUGAUCGUCAUGCAGCAGUUUCUCGGCCACUCUGCGUCCCUCGACUCGUGCAUUCAGUUUGUUUUUUUUUUUUUUGCCACAGUGUAAACAAGCAGAGCUGGUAUUCAAUGGUGUGCUUCAUUCUGCAGUGUGCAAAAGUAUCAUGGUCCCAUAAUACCUAUAUUGUUUUAAAUAAGUAUGGUUUUUGAGUACUCGGUUUUACGUCUCCUGCCAGGUUAAGAUACUGCGUCUUCCUCAGCGAGGCUGUGAUCGGUUCUCGGCAGAUGGAGGAGAAAUGAUGUCUCUGGCACUGCUGAUGACCUUUUCUACCUGUGAUCCCUUUAAUAAAAGUGUUCAUAUUA